GAUACAGAAAUAGGCUACUACAAACGUAAGCAAAUAUAAGAAUUAGAAUAGUAAAAAAACGUGCAAGUUUCUGAAAUGGAGGAAGAAUCGUGUAACUUUCGAGAUUUUGGGCUUGAUGAACGUCUGCUAUCAGCUAUUAACACUCUUAACUGGAAAGAACCAACAUUAAUUCAAGAGAAAGCUAUACCUUUGGCAUUAGAAGGUAAAGAUAUUCUUGCACGAGCUAGAACUGGUUCAGGCAAAACAGGUGCUUUUCUUAUUCCAAUUCUUCAACAAUUAUUGCAAAGGAAGCGAUCUAAUUAUGUACAAGAAACAACUGUUCUUAUAAUUGCCCCUAGCAAGGAGUUGUGUAAGCAAAUCAACAACAAUAUUAACGAACUGACUAAAUUUUGUUUCCAAGAUAUCACGAGCUUCGACGUUUCUCCUCAAGUUGAUCUUUCUACGCAACGGCCUUUAUUACGCGAUAAACCGGAUAUAGUUAUUGGAACACCUAUGCGAAUUCUUGCACAUCUACAGGAAAACAACUUACGCCUUGAAAAUUCUUUACGUACUCUAGUUAUUGAUGAAGCGGAUUUGCUUUUUUCAUUUGGUUGUAAAAGUGAUGUUUUGAAGAUUUUAAAUUCAACUCAAAAGUCGUACCUUCCACCUAUUUAUCAGGUGUUUUUAAUGUCAGCCACUCUGUCUCAAGAUUUAGGAACUUUGAAGAAGUUAAUUCGCCUUCACAAUCCUGUUGUUCUAAAGCUGAAAGAACCGGAACUCCCAGAAAGAGACAGGCUUACCCAGUACCAUAUAAAAUGUGAAGAGGAAGACAAAUUUGUGUUAAUGUAUGCCUUGUUAAAAUUAAAUUUGAUACAAGGCAAAUCGUUAAUUUUUGUCAAGUCUGUUGACAGAUGUUAUCAGUUGAAGUUAUAUCUGGAACAAUUUGGUAUCAAAAGUUGUAUUCUCAAUUGUGAACUUCCUGCUUCGUGUCGUGUUCAUGUUGUUAAUCAGUUCAAUAUGGGAAUUUAUGAUAUAAUAAUUGCUUCUGAUGAGCGUGUCGCCGAUGCGCCGAGCAGCACGCCUGCCAAGAAGAAAUUUAAAAAAGAUAAAGAGUAUGGCGUCUCUCGUGGAAUUGACUUUCAGUUUGUUUCUAAUGUUAUUAAUUUCGAUUUUCCUUAUUCAGUUGAAGCUUAUGUGCAUAGGGUUGGGCGUACUGCUCGAGGAAAUGCAGAUGGCGCUGCGUUAUCAUUUGUCAGUCUUAAAGAAAUGCCGCAUCUUAAACAAGUCGAAGAUUAUUUCUCAGACGGGACUGAAGAUGCAAAAUUUGAAUUCAAACCAUAUCUUUUUAAAAUGGAAGAGUUGGAAGGAUUUCGGUAUAGGGCACGAGAUGCCUUUAGAGCUGUAACAUCGAUUGCUGUUCGAGAAGCACGAUUGAAAGAAAUUAAAUCAGAACUUUUAAAUUCUAAAAAUUUAAAAUCUUACUUUGACGACAAUCCAAGAGAUCUUCAGAUUUUGAGACAUGAUAAAGCUUUGCACACUGUUAAGUUACAUUCACAUUUGAAAGAUAUACCUGACUAUAUUGUUCCUCCUACUUUAAAAAAUGCUGUCCCUAUGGAAGGUAGUAAAGGAAAACGUUCUAAAGGAUCAGGUGGUCAUGUGAAAAAAGAAGGUAAAGCUAGAAAGAAGUUCAAGAAAAGUCAGAAAGAUCCUUUAAAAAGCUUUCAAUUUGCUGGAUUGACUGAAUUAGAAAGUAAAAAGAAAAAGAAGAAAAGAGCCAAAAACUAAAAUUUUUAUAAUUAAUUUUAUUGUAUUGCAGCAUUGUAUUCGACAAUUUUAAAGUUUAUUCACAGAGGGAUAAAGAUCAUAAAAUAUCUAAGUUUAAAAAAAUAAGGCAAAAAAAAUUAGUCUUGAUUAUUUUUUGAAUGCAGUAGAAAUUUGUUAAGAGAUUCUUC